GGCAGAGAGAGAGAGACAGGGUGAGACAUGGCGUCACUUCUAUGCUUCGAAGAUCUGACCUGCUCUGUUUGUCUGACUAUCUUCACGGAUCCAGUGACUCUGCCCUGUGGACACUCUUUCUGCAGACAGUGUGCCACAGAAGUCCACAGCUGUCCACAGUGUCGGGAAGCUCUUUCAACAGAAGCCAAGUGUCUCCCGACCAGCAUUAUUCUGAAAAGCCUCGCUGAGAAGGCCAGAGAAGCGGAGAAGAUGAAGGAAGAGGGUGGGAGUGAGAAACCAGAGGUUCCUGACUUGUGCCCUGAACAUGAAGAAAAGCUGAAGUUAUUCUGCCUCACAGAGCAGGAGUUGGCUUGCAUCAUAUGCAGAGAUGGGGACAGACAUGAAGGACACAAGUUUAAACCAAUCAAAGAAGCAGCUGCAUCGCUGAGGAAGGAGUUGGAGACAUUUGUACAGCAUGUGUUAGAUGAUAUCCAUGCUAUAGAAAGCCUGGCCAACACACAGAGGGAAGAAAUAACAAAAACCAAAGAAAAGUCUGAACAGCUGAUUACCCAAAUCAGAAGCCAGUUUGAGGAGAUGCACCAGUUCCUGCAGAGAAGAGAAGAUGAGAUAAAGAAUGAGCUGAAACACAAAGAGGAAGAUGGUAUAGAGAAGAUGAGUCACAGCUUAAAUGCCAUAGAAACAACUUUGUCUGAGAGGAAAGAGAUGGAGGUCAAAGCAACGUCAGUUCUAAAGAUCUCAGACUCAGAGAAGUUUUUAAAGAGCUGGACUGAAGGCAAAAGUAUGAUGACCACAAAAAGUUUGUUCAGGCCCAGAGCGAAAGAGCUUCAAGUAGUGAGCACUUCUCUCUCUUUGGGGCCUUAUGAAAGUCACCUGCAGUUCUUCAUGUGGAAGGAGAUGCUUCAGGUGAUCCAACCCAGAGCAGAGCAGCUCUCACUCAGAAGCAACAGUACAGUUUUAUCUGUGUCUGAUGAUGGUCGGAGUUUGUUUUCUGCUCCCCAAUACGCUCCCCAAUACAAACAAGCUGCUUCAUUUUAUCCAUCUGGUUACCGUUCAUCAUCAUAUCAGCCCGUAAUGGUCGACCCCGAUUACCCCACGUCUUCCUCCAGCACAAACUAUGCAUCCAGUGUCACUGAGUUUACUUCAGGGCAGCAUUACUGGGAGGUAGAGGUUGGAAGCAGAGACUACUGGGAGCUAGGGCUACAAGAUAAUAGUCUGAGGUAUGAUGGGAAAAAAUAUUACGCCUUGCAUCAAAAUAAGAGCAGACCACUAGCAUUUAAAGGCAGACCUCGAAAGAUUGGAGUUUACCUAAACUGCUCAUCCAAGAAACUCUCCUUCUAUGAUGCAGACAACAUGAAACAUAUCCACACUGUGAGCCCUGAUCUCACAUUCAUGCCAGUGUCAGCGUAUUUUAACAUCAGACACAAAGAACCAGAUCAUAACCCCAUUACAGUGUGCUGGUACUGAACAGAGCAAUGAUCCAGCCAGAAAUCCUUGGCAGGUAAAUGAAAGAUGUUGUAUUUGGGAACAUUGUGUUUCACAAGUUAAUAUUUUUUGAUCUAAUUUCCACACAACACUGAAUACAUGCAGCUGAAAACUGCAGGUAAAAAUGUAAUUCAUCUAAAAUGCAACAAAUUAAUUUUUUAACUUUUUCCUGAUUACCAUUUGGAUCUUUAACAUAUAGCUGUUCACACUCAUGAAGAAUCAAAAAUAAAGAAUGUUAAUCUUUUGAAUAACAUUGGUGCCAGAUUAUGUACUUCUGACCUAAUACAUCAAUUUUGUGAUUGUUUUUUGAACACAUUUUCCUUUACCACCAAGUUGGAUUGUUGUCAACAUCCUGUAGUUUACAGCCAAAUUAUACGUCAUAAUAAGGAACUUUUCCAGCAAAAAAUACAGGACUCCUUAAAAAAAAAACCCAUUACAUUAUGUUUUCACUGUUUUAGAAGAUAAAAGUAUCCAAAAAUCUCACAAAUAAAACCACAUUACUUGGUUUAUAAAAACAAAACCAACAAGUAAUAUGGUUUACUAAAUCUAAGACAGCUGGGGGAUGCUACAUAUAGAACUUUACAAAUCUGAAAGUGCAGAACUAUGGAACCAGAGGAGCCAACCUGAGGAACUAGACAGGAAGCCAGAAGUUCCUAGAAGGAGUAAAUAAAUAAUCUUGCUGUGCUUUUUUUUUUUUUUUUUUAAUGCACUGUAAAGCUGUGUUUGAGCUCUUUUAAAGUGAUUUUGUUUUUUGUUUUGUUUUUUUGGGACCAGUAUUGUUGGUCUCUUGUAAGUUUAGUUGAUCAUUGUACACAUGGUGAGGGGACUGGGUGUUUCUACUGUAAUGCUGCAAUGUAUAAAAUAAUAAAACAAUUUACACUACAGAAUAGAAGUGCACACAGGUGGUGGCUUACUAAUUAGAAAUAAUAUAAACCUGUUCAUGUAGUAAAGUUAUUAAGAAAGAACUGUUAGCAGACAUGUCUCACUGAUUCAGUCACUUGUAUGUUCAAUUAUAAAAUAAAUCCUGCUAACGUGGUAACAGCAUUCACUGUUAAGAAUGUAACUUUGUGUUUUUUGCUUCUUUUGGUUGAAAGGUAAAAUGUUAAUGUUGCCCAUUGAAACACUCUUGGUGUAACUGUGCCAAAAAUGCUUCCUAUUAAGUGAUCACUGUUUUGAAAAAUAAACAAGUAAAUACAA